ACAACCCUGUCGCUCUCCAGUCACACCUAUCCGAGGUCCACCAUGAAGAAGACAGUAAGGACGGCCGAGAGCUCCUUUAGCAGCCGCUCAUACACCGCUCCUGUGUCCACUACCGUGAGGAAGAGCUACUCUGUGAGCAGCUCCUAUGGAGGCACCAGGGGUUCAGCUAGGAUAGUUGGAGGGCAGCUCAUGAACUCAGGAGUGUAUGGAGGGAAUCUGGAUUAUAUGUAUAGAGCAGGAAUUGGUUCAGGGGUGAGUCGGGGUCCUGCUGUGUGCCCGCCGCUGACAGCUGUGACGGUCAACAAAAGCCUCCUGGCACCUCUAAACCUGGAGAUCGACCCUAACAUCCAAACCAUCAGAAUUCAUGAGAAAGAACAAAUCAAGACCCUCAACAACCAGUUUGCCUCCUUUAUUGAUAAAGUUCGCUUUCUGGAACAGGAGAACAAGCGUUUGGAGACCAAGUGGAGCAUUCUGCAAGAACAGACCACCUCCCACACUACAAUCAACGCCACCUUCGAGAAUCACAUCGCUAAGCUGCGCAGACACCUGGAUGGCCUGGGCAAUGAAAAAACUCACCUGGAAUGUGAACUGAAUAACAUUAAGGGCUUGGUGGAUGACUUCAAGAAAAAGUAUGAAGAUGAGAUCAACAAGCGAACCGAAUCGGAGAACAGCUUUGUCCUCUUAAAGAAGGAUGCUGAUCAGGCUUUCAUGAAUUCAGUGGAGCUGGAGACAUCACUGAACUGUCUCAGAGACGAGAUUGAGUUCCUAACGUUGAUCUAUGAGCAGGAACUGAAGGAGUUAAAAUCUCUGACUGGAGAAACAUCUGUGGUUGUGGAGAUGGACAACAGGAGGGGCCUGGACAUGGAUGCGAUCGUGGCUGAAGUCCGGGCGCAGUACGAGGAAAUCGCCAACCGUAACCGCGCUGAGGCCGAGAGCUGGUACAGACAGAAGUAUGAAGAGCUGCAAGUAACCGUCACACAACACGGAGAAAACCUGAAAAGCACUAAAGCUGAGAUCUCGGAAUAUAACCGGAAUAUCCUGCGCCUGCGGUCCGAGAUCAAUACCAUCAAGGGAAUGCGCACUAAUCAGGAUCUUCAGAUCAAAGAGGCCGAGGAACGUGGUGAAGUAGCAGUGAAGGAAGCGAGACACCGUGUCCAGGAGCUUGAGGAGGCUCUUCAGAGAGCGAAACACGACAUGACCCGACAAGUGCGCGAAUACCAGUCGCUCAUGAACAUCAAACUGGCCCUGGAUAUUGAGAUCGCCACCUACAGGAAACUGCUGGAGGGAGAGGAAAGCAGAUUGGUGCGUGGUGUCCAGUCCGUCAGUAUCUCCAAACAGAUCUAUUAUCAGCCUCAUCUGCUGGAAAGCAGCAUCGUCACGCCCCCCAUCGCUCGUACUUCAGCUAGAACCACCGAGACCACAACCGUUCACACCAAUUAGACCCUCGCAGAACUGGUCUGGGGGCAAGAUGGGAUCUCCAAGAGGCUGGAAGAAGAAAAGAAGAAUUUUCAUUCAACAUGUUGAUAAUAAAAGCGACACAUUUCAAACUAAAGUUUGUUUAAUUUUCACUUUUAUAUAUAAAUAUGAAAUUCAAGAACUUAAAGGAAACAGAUCCUGUGAAAA